AUGUCCUGGGUGGGCAGGCGCAGCGCGCGGGAAGGGCAGGGGCAACCCAGGAGGGAGGCUGAGCGCGGGGAGGCUGAACUGGGGGAGGCUGAAUCGGGGAAGGUAGAACUGAGAAGGGCGGAAGCGGGGAAGAGUGAUGAACUGGGGGAGGUAGAACCGGGAAUGGUAGGGCCGUGCAGGGAAGCUGACGACAGUCAGGCGGCGUUGACUUGCGUUGACUCACCACGGAGCCCAAAUCCACCGUCGCCGAACCUUGGGAAUGCACCCGCUACAACCGGGGAGGCUUUUGAGCCGUCUCCACGAUCCCCUGGGAACGCCGCGGCUACAGCCGGGGAAGUGAGAAUAGGAGGAGCUGGGGACCUGAGGAUGGGAGACGCGCCGGAUGAUUAUGUAGACGAGUAUUUGGAGGACCAGGAGGGCGGGCCUGAGGCUGGGAAGGAGGAGAAGGCGAAAGGUGGUGAUAAAAAGGAGGAGGAGUGUGAUGGUUUAGAAGGGGCUAAGGGGCAUGGGAAGGGUGGUGAGGGGGUUCAGCAUGGGGAUUCGAGCUUUGAGGCGCCUCAAAAGUCGGGGCAUGGGGAUUUGUAUGCAGAAACGGCAAUAGACAGCCCCAGCAUGCGGAGACGAGAGGUGGCAGCAGAGGGAGCAGCGGAGGGAGCAGAAGGGGAGGCAGCAGGAGAGAUUGGCAGAUCAGCCCGCAGGAGUAUGAGGGGGACCUCUACGGUCCCAGACAGCCCCAGCAUGCGGAGGCGUGGGGGAGCGGUGGGCAGUGGCAGACAGCUGGGGUACGGCGGUGCUGUGGGAUCCUUCAAAGACGUUGCCGUGCCUUCUAGCGACUUGUGUGACGUCAUGCCGUCACACGUGCCGUUUGAGGCAAGUGACUCGGGUAGCGUGCUAGGGCGGCCGUACGUCUCCCUUCAGAGUCGCUUCGUGGUGGGCAGGCGGGAGAUCGGGCGAGGGCAGUUCGGAGUGAUUUACAAGUGUGUGCCGCGUGGUGCGCUUGGAGGGGCCGCGUUCGCAUGCAAGACCAUCAAGAAGCGGAACAUUGAGACCCUCCCAGCAGCAGAGGACAUCCGGAGGGAAGUGGAGGCGCUGGAGAAAGUAAGGGGCCAUCCGGGGAUAGUGGAGUUGAACUCCACAUUCGAGGACCCCCAUGCGGUGCACCUGGUGAUGCAGCUGUGCCGCCACGGCGACCUCUUCGACCACGUCAAGACGCGCACACGCCUCUCCGAGCCCACCGCUGCAUGCAUUCUGUCGCAGCUGCUGCACGCGCUGCAGCACUGCCAUGACUCGGGCGUGAUUCACCGCGACGUGAAGCCAGAGAACGUGCUUAUAUAUGCAAGGGGAGGCGGAGGUGGGGACGGCGAGAAGGUGCUCGUCAAGCUGGGGGACUUUGGUGUUGCGACUCGGUUCUCCCCAGGUAUUCCCUGCACCGACCCAGUGGGAACGGCCAUGUAUAUGUCACCGGAGCUGCUGCAAGGCAGUUAUGGGCCGGCAGCAGAUGUGUGGAGCGCGGGGGUGGUGCUCUAUGUGAUGCUGUCUGGAGCUCUUCCGUUUUUUGCCACCAAGAACCGCUCGCUAAUUGAGGCGAUAUUGCAUGGGCCGGUUCGGAUGGAGGGACCGCGGUGGGAAGGGGUGUCGGAGGGAGCGAAAGCAGUGGUGCGGAGGAUGCUUGAGAAAGAUCCAGUUGAAAGGGCCACAAUACAACAGAUUCAUGAGAUUCCAUGGAUGAAGAAAUUUAAUGGUUGA